CAGUCUAAAACGGUCCUUCGUACGGAACGGCAUCGUACUUUCACGCGAGGCAACUGAAUCAUCGACGCAUGCGGGCAGCGCGCGCAAUGUUUAUUAAACCGAUGAGGUCCACGGGGUCCGAAACCUCCGCGCGCACGUGAUCCAUCCGUCGGGGUGCCAUGCGAACGCCGACGACAUGAGUGCGAGAUUAUUUUUUGCGGUGCUUCUAUGGGUGACAGUGCUGGCCGUGUUUGGAUUAUCGGCGGCGACCCGUAAGGGAUACACGUUGUGUGACGUCCCGGGAUGCAAUUGCACGGUGCCUGCGGGUUCGUGGAAGAACGUCAAUUGCAAUCUGCACGACGAUCAGGAACUUCGCCUCGAACCUGGCCAUAUUCCCACGACAGUCACCGAGAUCUCAAUCAGCGGAGGGAGCGUGAUCGCGUUCGCCCCCAAGGUAUUCAGCGGCCUGCCCGCUUUUACCCUUCUUCGGCUUGAUGGUGUAAAGCGGGUCCUGAUAGAGACCAAAUCAUUCUAUAACAUAAACUCUUCUAGUCUACUCGUUCAGAUAAUCGGCUGUGAUGAUCUUGUGAUCAACAAUGGAGCUUUUGAGGAGAUGUUGGGCACUUUGUCCGUUGAGGUGGUAAGCACCAACAGUGUAAUAGUGGGACGGGCUCCGUUCAGCAAACUGAUCAACUGUACAUUUCAAAAUAUCGGAAAAUUAACUCUAAGCAACCGUGCUUUCGAGAUAAAGAACAUGCGGACCGCAACCAAUGAACGGCAUGGUCCGGUAACUGUGGUGAUCCUCGCAAAUGUGGUCAUCAGCGAACCUUUAUACGAAGUCUUUCUGACUUCGUUAGCUCAGAUUACAUUCCGAGACAGUCACGUCGGUGACGUCGGUCCAGAGGCCUUCAAACCGACCGAAAUAUCAGCAGUCCAGAUGAUCAACACCACUUUCGGAACCGUUAUGACAGGCGCCUUCACUGAUCGAACGCUAAUCAAAGAUUUUCUAAUCAGCAAAUGUACCAUAUCGAGGCUCCAGACUAAAGCCGUGAUGGCAGGCAUGGCUAAACUGACUGUUAAUCAUUCGAUAAUAACGGAAAUAGAAACCAAUGCCAUAAUCAGCACGGUAGCCAACGUCGAGAUAGUGGGCAACGAAAUCCUCACAUUUAACCGAGCGGGGUUCGUCAUCAGCAACUGGAACAGGAUCGUCAUCGACCAGAACAUCAUCAAGAAUCUGCACAGGAACUUCGUGGAGGCGCCGGUCAGCGCGGAAACGGAACUGUUCACGUUCAAGGGCAACGAAAUCUACAACCUGAUGGAAGGUUCGUUGAGUUUCGUGGCGACGCUGGACCCGAGCCACCUCGUCUUCGACGACAACUACUUCGACGAAUCGUGCAGCUGCGAGAUGAGCGAAUGGAUUGAGAGUUUGACGAACGGCACCGACAAACUGCAACUGAUAAUGGAUACCAGUUUCUGCACGGUCGACGAAAUUUUGGCCAACUGCUUCUCCAUGCAACAGGGCGUGAUCAACAUCCAAAAUUUCACAGACCGGACGUGUUACAACAACACCGUCUGCGAGCCGUACAACGGAGAGACGAGAGUGAUAGACACGACCAGCAGGAUAUUCGUGGAAGACACCGAGGCGGAAAAACGCACGUGGCUCAUCGUCAUAUUCGUCGUGAUCGCUUUGUUCAUCCUCGUGUUGGUGAGCACCUUCGUAGCUCUCUUGGUGCGUGGCAGUCGUUGGCUCAAACGUAAGGGCUACUUCCGCAACCAGUACUACAACAACCACCCCAGCAACGAAGAAGAAAACACGAUAGUCACCGUGGACACGGAUAACGAUAAGCUCGAGAUACCGGACGAGUUGACCAUAGAGUUCCUUCACGUGCUUUCGAAGAGGCUGGACGAUCCGGCCACGCAUCAGGAGGCGUCGGAGAUGAUCGAGAGGCUCUACGAAAUGUUCAUCAUUGACGACAGUUACGAGAACAACAAUCGAGAGGAAGAGGUCCACCUUUACGAGGAACUAGGCAACUUGAACCUCCAGAUACCUCCGCCUCCGUACGAGGAGCAGGAAAAACCCCAAUCGCCGGUGACGAACAGUACCGGGCCCAGGGGUAUACUCAAACUGAUGGAGGAGAAGUUCUACGGCGGGACGCAAGAUGGAGGAGGCAGUAAACCGACGUUGACGGGAGAAUAUUCCGAACCGACCGACGCGGCGGUUCACUUAUAUUCGGAACUGAAACACAAUCUCGAUUCAAAGAAAGAUGGUGCGCAAUCGAACGGGACUACCAGCAUCGCCCUGAAACCUCUACAAAAUAAUGCGGACUACUUUUUCAAAGCGGGACCGUCUUCCAAAUCGUAAAUAGUGUUUCGAGGAAUUUGAGAGGCGAGUGCGGUCUCGAUACUAAUUGUAUCCCCCGAAAAAAUGGGAAAAGCGCCAAUUAGACAUUCCAAAAAACAAAUAGCGCGCGAUAAGAUUGACUGCUUAACGACGUUCUAUUUUAUUUUGUUAAUACCACGUCGCUAGGGCAAUGCGAAGUGUUUUCUCGUGUAAAUAUUUUACGUUAGGCUUUUUACUACCAUAACAAUUUGGAAUAAACACAAUCUCCAUUAAAUGCCAUACGAAGUAAUAAAUAAAGCAAGAAAUCUCCUUGCCUUGCUGUGAUACUGUACAGAUUUUUAACGUAGUUAGAAUUUAGAUCUUAAAUGUAUAUUUUGUAUUUUAACGAGUUUAAAUGAUAAUGUAUAAUUUUUUUAUAAGCGUAGUAAAUGUUUUUUUUUUAAUUACAAGAGGAGUGUUUACUUUUUAGUUACCGUGCCCGAUAUAAAAGUGGAAACUACUCCAACGUAAUCCAUGAACAUCGUGAAGUUGCUAGAGAGAUAUCAAGUAUUAUGUUGGGUUUAAUUGAAAACAAAUAACUAAUUCAUCCCAAAGAAAACAAAUGGCU